AUCAGUCUAUAGUUUCCAGGUCAAGCAAGAGGCUACAAUGAUAGUAAUAACUUAAACGUUUUACGGUGGUUUCUUAACAUUAAUAUUCAAUAUUUAAUGUACAUUUAAUUAGGAAUUGAUUGGAGAAAGACACAAGUUUUGUUCUAUUAAGUGGGAAGUUCAUGAAAAAAUAUGGAAAAAUUGAUAAUCAAAACACUUAUGAUCACAGUUCUUCUCACAACGAUUCACUGUUAUCCACAGCAUGUACCAAAAAAUAUAUCACCGUCUGAAGCCAACCACUCAACCACAUUUGAAGAUAGCGUUGAAUCGUUUGAAGGAAUAGUCAAAGAAGUUGAAGGAAUGUUGAGAGACAAUCCGAAAUUACCGCGACUAACUAAAGGAGAAAUAUUGGACCUAUUAGAGAAUUUAACAAAGUCUGAAACAGUUAACACAAUAUUUGAUGAGUCCUCAAGUCCAAGUGGAACAAAUAAUGACGUUGAAUUCAGAGAUCCAAAAGCUAUUAUGAUGGUGUUACCAUUUACUCCCAGUGCUGAAAGUGAGAAUAAUGUUGAUCUUUAUAUGAAACCCCCAAUAACCAAAAUUAUUGACCAGCAUCAAUUACAAGAUCAAAAAGCAGUAAAAGAGUUGCGGCCCAUAGAGAAUUAUAAAGUGAAACCACGACUCACAACUGAGCCUAUCUCUACAACUACAACUUCUACAUCUACAUCUUCAUCUACCCCAAAGCUUCGUUCUCUCGUACGAAAACCACAACACUAUAGAAGAAAAGUAACAAAUAUAUCCACAACAACGACUCCGGCAGCAAGUUCAUUAACAACAUCUAGAAGGCAUAAAAUAAAUACUACACAAAACUUUUAUAAUCAUAGAUACGAAUAUGCACCUAACACUGAGUCAUUAACUAACUCCAUUCCAACACCAUCUCCAAGCGAAGCCCUAAAACUGGUGAAAUCUCCUGAUCUCCACCCUAAAAAUAUCAAUGAAGAACUCUUCUCCAUAAAAGAUGCAGACAGCUCAUCAUUUGUUGAGCAAGACACACCGGCUUCUCUUGUAUCAUUGAACAAUAUCGAUCUAUUUGUUCCAGAAAAUUUAAAAGAUGUUUCUGAUGUUGUCCAAAAUCUUUCCCCGGAUAUGAAAGAUCUGUUAAUUAAUUAUGGGCUGAUUCCCAAUUCGAUUCGUCCGAAACCAAUAAGUGAAAGCCAGUCAUAUGAAUACGAUAUCCAAGAGAAAGCAAAAGUAGUUCCAGAGUCUUACGUUGGAUUUAAAAGAUUCCCAGAGGAUAAUAACAGUGAUAAAGAAAUGCAGGAGCUGCUUACUUAUUUUGGCUUGGAAAAUAAUCCUAGAGAACAAAAAUCAUUGAGAAUCAAAGAUCAAAAAUCAGUCGUGGAGAUGAUACCUUAUGAUUACCAAAAUAUUUUAAAGGAUAUUGAAAUUGGAGAUCCUUUGGAAACAGCAGCAAGUCAAAUAAUAGUAAGAGAUGUUUCUAGUCCUGGCAAUGAAGUUUAUACUACGGAUGAAGGAAUAGAGAAUUUGAAUAAGCUAUCUAGUAGUAUAGAUCAAUUAGAAAAUGGUAACUAUUCACUAUCUUAUGCAGAUAGGGAAACAAUAGAUGCAAAAAGUUUGGGAGGUCUGGCAGAAACUCUCAAUAAAAGUUACUCAAAUGAUCUUGGUAAGCCUUUAUAUGGGGAAGAUGGUUUAGAUUUAGAAAACUCUGGUUUCACUAUAAAAAAUGAGAAAAAGAGGGAGGAUAGAUCAAGCAAUGAAAAAUCAGUUUCAAGGAUUGAAACAAAGAAAAUAAUUGAUAAUACGACUAAUGCCAUAAUUAUCAAUGAAACAAUUACAACUGAGACUUCCACAAUACCUCAAGGAGAAAGUACAACUGAGACGCCCAGCAUAAAAGAUCUUGAAGAUUCUUUUGGUGGAUUACAAAAUGAAGAAAAUACUCCCGCACCACCUCCUCCAACGCCAGACACGGGUUUUUAUUACCUACUGGAUUGGAAUACUUUUUUAGACAUAGACGAUCAAAAAGGAAGAAGAGUUAAUUUGAGGUUUCAACCCAAAGUUGGAAAUCCUAUGAAAUUUCUACAUAUUUCUGUACCCUAGUAUCAAAUUUAUGAUAGUUGUUAACGAUUACUGAACAAAUUUUAUUAUUAAUAUCUUCAAAUACUUUUUUUAUUUUAUAGUAACCAUGUUUAAUCGAAUAAAUUGGAUCGUCUCAUAGUUUAAA